GGAGGCGGUUUCUCAAAUUUGAUUUUUUUUUCCGCCUCAUUUCUUCGAUGAAGCUUUAGUGCGCCGUAGAUCAGAUGCAGAUGUUGCUUCUGAGCCGCCAAAAGUUUCCGUCUUUUCAUUUCCUUGUGGCCCAAAAUCGCGUUUUAGAUCCGAGAACAAGGUGCCAUUCCGAGUUCUCCCCUUCUCCAGUUGGAAUUUUGAAAUGGAGCUCUGAUUUGCCCUAGAUCUGCGACCACUUUGAGGGAUAGAAGAAACACUGGCAUGAUUUUUUGUUCUUAUCUUCAGUAAUGUGUUGGAUUUGACUGGUAGAACAACUGGUUUUGAGUUUUCUCAUCAAAAUUCCGUCUUUGCUUGGGCUUGGCGUUCGGCGAAGAUGGUUUUCUGGGAAGGUUAUAUCAGUGAUGAGUUGAUGGGCACAUUUGCGCCGAUUGUAGUUUAUUGGAUCUACGCGGGAAUGUAUCAGCUCUUGCCGCCUUUGGACCAGUAUCGACUGCACACGAGGGAAGAAGAGGAGCAGAAGAAUUUGGUGCCAAUGUCGUUGGUGGUCAAGGGUGUUCUGCUUCAACAGCUGGUUCAGGCCACCGUUGCGCGAGUACUGUUCUUGGUUACUGCCAAACCAGUACCAACAGGUACCUUAGUUCAACCAUCGAUUCCAGUCCAACUCGUCCAGAUCUUAGUGGCAAUGUUCGUAAUGGACACAUGGCAGUAUUUUGUGCACCGCUACAUGCACCAGAACAAGUUCUUGUACCGCCAUAUCCAUUCCCAGCAUCACAAGUUGGUUGUUCCUUAUGCAAUCGGAGCCCUUUACAACCACCCACUGGAGGGCCUUCUUCUGGACACUUUCGGUGGUGCAAUUUCAUUCUUGAUAUCAGGAAUGACUGCAAGAACAGCUGUGAUCUUCUUCUGUUUUGCUGUGAUCAAGACUGUCGAUGAUCACUGUGGGCUCUGGCUGCCUGGCAACAUCUUUCAUAUAUUCUUCCAGAACAACACUGCCUACCAUGAUAUCCAUCAUCAACUCCAAGGCCUCAAGUACAACUACUCACAGCCUUUCUUUUCAAUAUGGGACAAGCUAUUGGGUACCCACAUGCCUUACAACUUAGUUAUGUGCCGAGAUGGGGGAUUCGAGGCCAGACCACUAAAAGACUAGGAUUUUUUUGAAAUGUCAUCAGAAAACAGACCUCGACAUCUUGGAGCAGAUUGCACAGCACCAUUUCCAGAUUUAAGAUAGGAAGUGUCGGAAAUGUAUGGUCUGGUGCUAAUUGAAGGCUGUCCUAGUCUUCCAGGAGGUAGUCUGCUACUCAUUGCUAUGGCUUGCUUGUUCCUUUCUCGAGUCCCUUUUUUUUCUUUUGGCUCAGCAAUGGUUCUUUACUACUGCGGUGGAUAAGUGUAUCUUCUCUUGGAAUUUUUUUAUUUUCGUUAUGUAGAGAAGGAUGCUGCAAGUUUCCUUUAGGUGUGGUACUGAAGCUAGAUCUAUUGCUGGUGUAUGUGUCUCAGUUAUUGUGGCAUAUGACAGAAGCAUGAUUCUAAAGUUACCAAAUUUCUGAUUGUGGUGCCUUUGUUUU